AUGGGCGCGGCCGCGGUGCUGUUGGCGGCGGCCGGCGGCGAGACGGCGCUGGCCGACUUCCAGGGCGAGCCGGUGACCUGCAUGAAGAGGUACGCCCCCGCCAUCAUCAAGCUGCAGAGCGCCAUCGACGCUGGCGACAUGAAAGCGGUCCUGGCCAAGGAGAACAAGUUCAAGAUGCUCAACACGUACUGGCGCAACCAGCCGAAGGACUUCGCCGCGCAGACCGAGAUCUCCGAGGACCUCCUGGAUUCCGCCGCAGACGGGCAGACGGACAAGGUGAAGACGCUGUACGCCAAGUACAUGGAGAAGUCGGAGCUGAAGACGUUCGCCAACUUGCCCCCGGCCAGGCAGUACCACAUGACCAACCGUGACGCCUCUAUGGGCAAGCGUUGA